AAGUUUUCAACUUUCAAAUUGCACAACUCUUGCACAAACCCGUCAAUCUUUCUGUAUCAAAGCAGAGUCCAUGCUUUAUCCAAGGGCCAAACUUGAAAGUUCAAAUGAGCUUACCAAUUCCUCACCUCCAUUAAGUCAUUAUUCAUCUGAUUCUUCAGAGCGUUUGAUGGGUAUGAGCUUUCUUCGCUCACCAUCACGUACUUUCCACAUGGCAUGUUAUCCUCGUGGGGACACUUCCACGUUCUUUCUAAGGAAGUUACAGACUUCUGUUUUUAUUUUUAAAUGUUUUUUAAAGAACAUUUACAUCACAUUCCAAACACUAGUGACCUUUUUCUGAUUCCUUUCUCCGAAAUAUUAUUUGGUUGUUUAAGAGACCAGAAAGAAGAUCGAAGGCAGGAUUAGGCUUUAGCUUUCAUGGCGGGUGAUGCAGACUGUGGCAGUUCUAAAAUGACCAUUUUUCUUCGAAACGGCAGGCUCCCUCCUUGUGAAUCUCUCUGUAUUUUCACCUCUCUUAGCACUCUUCAUGAUUUCUCGAGAAGAAUUUUCCCUUGUGCUAGCCUACAAGGUGCAAAAUCUAUGGUUAAUUUUAGGAAUGAUGGAGGAGACACUGUAGAUAUGUCUUUUUUCCAACCACAUGUCAAAGAAGAAAGUAGCGAUGAGGAUGAUGAUGCGCACCUUAAGCCAUCUGAAAAGAAAAGGCGGCUUACAGCAGCUCAAGUCCAGUUUCUUGAGAAGAGCUUUGAGGCGGAGAAUAAGCUUGAACCAGAGAGGAAAAUGCAGCUUGCUAAAGAACUCGGCUUGCAGCCUCGCCAGGUUGCAAUAUGGUUUCAAAACCGUAGAGCUCGGUUCAAGAACAAGAAGCUGGAAAGGGAAUACGACUCCUUGAGAAUCUGCUUUGACAAACUCAAGGCUGAUUAUGACAAACUCCUUCUCGAGGAGCAGAAUUUGAAAAACGAGCUUCUUUCACUGAAAGAAAAAUUGCUUAGCAGAGAGGAAAGUAUGGAAAGUUCAGAACCAUUUGAUGUCAUCCAUUCACCGGAUGCAGAACUUGAGCCUCUUCCUGAUACAGUGUCUGAAAAUGUUUCCGCCAUUGUGCCAACGGUGACACCCAAACAAGAAGAAAGUUCAGCUAAAAAUGAUGCUUUCAACUCAGACCAACCGGAUUGUUAUCGUGUUUUCGAGUCAGACCAACCGGAUUCUUCCCAGGUUGAAGAAGAUAAUCUCACCAGGAGCUUUCUACCCCCUCCGUACUUUCCAAACCUCUACCGAGAGCCACCUGCAAGUUCAUGUAAUUUUGAAUUCUCAGCGGAAGAUCAGCCCUUUUGGUCCUGGAUUUACUGAGUUAUCAUACCGUCCAGUAAGCAAAUCAAAUUUCACUGUAGUGAUCAAGUACUUAGCCCCAUGUAUCAGAAUAUCACGACAUUUCAUGCUUGGCCUGACUCUAGGGUUAAUAAUUUUGCCCUGCGUUGUUACAGCAACU